AUGGACGAAGAAGACUGUACUAUUUUCAUUGAAGAACUCAAAAGUGAUGAUCCCAAUCUCAAACUCAAUGCUGUAUCCAAAAUUGUAUCAAUUGCACAAAUCCUUGGACCUUCAAGAACUUGUUAAGAACUCAUUCCUUAUUUAAUUGAUAUCAUAGAAGAAUAAGACAAUGAAGAUGAAUUUCUUAUCAAAUUAGCUAAAGAAUUAGUCAAUCUUAAACCAUUUACAGGUGCUAAUGUUCAUUUACUUAAUGCACCACUAGAAAUUCUAAGUUCCAUGGAAGAGCCAUUAGUAAGAGAUAAAGCAGUUGAAUCCUUAAUCUUGCUUGCAGAAGGAAUGCCAAACAGUAAUUUCUAUCUGAUAUAUAAUUUUUAGGUUUUUUUGAAAAUCACUUUUUUUAAAUUGUCCAAUAAUUAGGUCAAUGGGACAACUUUCCAUCCAGAAUAUCUGCAGCCAGUCUCCUUCCACUUACUUACAAACAUGUCUCAUUAGAAAAAUAAAAUACUCUUUGGGACUUAUUCAAAUAAUUAUGUGGAGAUGAUACUCCAAUGGUCAGAAGAGUUUGUGCAGGAGUUUUGUCUGAUCUUGCAAAAAUGAAAUGCUAACCAUAAUAAUUAUUAUAAUUAUGGGAGGCACUUCUCAAAGAUCCUAUUGAUAGUGUUAAAAUUAAAGCAAUAGAAGGCUCAUAAUAUAUGCUUAAAUUAAUUGAUGAUGAACAUGAUUUAGAAACUUAACUUCAAGGAUACUUUGCACUAGCUGAUCCUAAAGAAAAAAGCUGGCGUGUUAGAUACACUGUUCCAGAAUGUCUAGAAAGCAUAAUUGACAUCAUUGUUAAACUAAGUAAUUGUAAUUUUCAAAUUUUUAGAUAAAAAUAAAACCAUUCUAAAAAAUUAAGCAGUACCUGUAUUCUAACAAUUACUCAAAGACACAGAACCUGAAGUUAGAUCUAUGGCACUUAUAUCCAUAUAUCAUUUAUUAAAAGAAUUACCCUCUUCUAGCAAAGAUUUAUUCUUACCAUUAUUUUAAACUCUAUCUACAGACACUUCAUAACAUGUUCGAAUGUCUUUAGCUGAACAAAUUUGUAAGAUUUCUAAAUAAUAUACUGUUUAAAUUGUUUUACAAAGUUUUAUACCCUUAAUUACAACAUUAAUUAAAGAUGAUGUUGUUGAAAUCAAAAUCAAACUAGCUCAUAAUUUAGAUCAAUUAUCAUAAGCAAUAGGAUAAGAUAACUCAAAAAAACACUUAGUACCUCUUAUUUAGACUUUUGCAUCAGAAAAGUAAUGGAGAUACAGAUUAGAAAUGAUGUCAAUCAUACCAAAACUUCUCAAAGUGGCAGGUUAUGAUAGUUUCUUAGAAUUAUAAGAAGUUUAUCUUGAAAAAGGAGUUUUAAAUCACUAUUAAGCAAUUAGAGAUUAGGCUAUAGAUAAUCUGAUUUAAUUGAGUGAAAUCUUUGGAUAUGAUAAGAUCAGAGAAUUUAUUUUAAAAUGUAUCAAUCUACAAUUUGAAUAACCAAAUUAUAUUUAUAGAGUAUCAGCAAUGCAUAGUAUAGCAAAAUUAAAAAAUACAUUAUCAAAAGAUGAUUUAGUAAAUUAGUUUAAAGUAUUCAAUAUAUAAUAUUUAAAAAGGAAAUUACACAGAAGUCUUUGAAUGAUAAAGUUCCUAAUGUUAGAUUGAAUAUUUUUAAGUUAUUCACAACAAUCCAAAAUAAAUUAGACAAUAAGACACAAAAUGAGUUCAAAAAUAAAGCAAGAAUUCUAUAAUAAGAUCAGGAUAUUGACGUAAAAUAUUUUGCAUAAAAAAUUUGA